AUGACGGAAAAAAGAUUAUUAAUAUUUCUCCUAUUAGCGCUCUUUGACAAAGCAGUUUCAUCUGAUGUUUUUCUCGUGGAGCCCAGCACAGAUCCAUACUAUGUGAAAGAGGGUAGUGAGGGAGUUCUGAUACCUUGUGCUGUCAAGCCUGAGUACCUGGAUGAGAAAAAAUAUGAAAUCAACUGGGCUCGUUACAACAAUGGACAAUUGAGAAUGAUCACGAAAAAUGACAAAUUGCUGAUAAAAAAGCACUCGAAGUUUGUUCUGGAGAACGAUGCUGCGACAGGAAACUACAGCCUUCGAAUCAGUGAAGUGGAAAAGAAUAGUGUGGAAGGAACCUAUCAUUGUAACGUCAUUGCUACAGAUGACUCGGAUAUGCAAUAUUCGGCAUUAGCUACCAUAGUCGUGCUCGCACAUAUUUCAGUUCCACCUGGCGACCCAAUUAUAAGCACUACGCCUGUGGAGAGCGUAAUUGAAGGAGACUUUUUGACGGCCAAAUGUGUUUCUGUUGGUGGGAGCCCUCAACCUACCUUUACUUGGACCCUGCCAAACGAAACUAUCGCCAGUUCAACAUUGUUCACAACUCAACAUCGGGAUGGAGCAACAGAGAGCUUGCUACAGUAUGGUUUUUCAUGUCACGUUCUGACCAUUAUUCUGUCUCUUUUCAGCUUCCGAGUGUUUUCAAGAGACGAUGGAAAAUCUGUGCAAUGCGAUGUCACCAAUAGAGCAAUGCUCGCUGGAGAAACAAAACAAGUCCGCAGUUCUCAAUUGAACGUUCUCUACAAACCGAUUGUUUUUGUGACACCGACGGAAAAUCUCACACAUUUGUCAGUAGAAGAAGGAGAACUGGUCAAUUUGACCUGUAACGCUGCUGCGAAUCCACCAGCCCAUAGUUACGAAUGGAAACAUAUCUCAUCUGGUGACAGAUAUCAAGGUAAAGUGUGGCCAAUUUAUGUAAACCGUUCAAUGGAUGGCGACUUCGAAUGCCGCGGUACCAAUGAACUUGGAGAAGGUUCGUCUUUGUUGAAGUUGGUUGUGCAGCAUACUCCAAAAAUUACUGUACCUGUAAGUACUCCAUUUGUCAGUCCAAACGAAAUGGAAGACGUGGAUGUCCAAUGUGAAAUCAGUGCAGUGCCAGAUGUGAUUGACAUCAAAUGGAUUGGGCCAAAUGGUUUCAAGCAAAACGGCUCAAGACUUACACUCAACGGAAUUUCAAAAUCUCAAAGUGGAAAUUAUACAUGUAUGGCAACAAACUUUCUAACAGUUUACGGACAGUCAGGAUCACAACAGAGAAUGGGAACCGGCACCACUUUGGUAGAUGUGAAGAGGAAACCAGGUCAAGCUCAGAUUGUCAGCUCUCGACAGAGUGUGGACGUUGGCGAGACAAUAAAGUUAAUAUGUCAAGCAGAAGAUGCGGGAAACCCAUCUUCAUCAUAUACGGUUUGUUUAGUGUUAACAAUUGCUAUUCAAAUGAGAAAAUUUCAGUGGGCUUCACCAUCAUCUGGUGGAAUUUUCGGUUUGGAAGGUCACAACGAUAAAUCAUUUGAAGUCAGAAAUGCUCAGCUGUCUGACAAUGGUGUUUAUUCCUGCAAAGCGUAUAAUGAUCUUGGAGAAGGAAAACCAGCAAUAAUAAUGAUUACGGUCAUCGAGCAUGCAAGAAUAUCUAGUCCGCUCGCUACUGAAAGAAUUUUCUCUGCGGGCGAGCAAGGAAAAAUGUUGGUGUGUGAGGCUCAAGGAUACCCAACUCCAGUAAUUUCUUGGUUGAAAGAUGGAGUUCCAAUCAAGCAAAAUUAUUAUAAAUCUGCUGCGACAACUGAGUCAAAAUGCUUACCAGAAGAUUUUUGCACUCAAACUGCAACGUCAACUCUCACAUUUUCGAGACCGCUCAAGUGGUCAGACAAAGGAAAUUUCACAUGCGUAGCUGACAAUGGAUCUGACAGAGAUGACAAGGACAGUAACUCAUGGAGCAUCAUCAGAAUUCUUCAUAAGCCAGUUAUCCUGAAUCGCAGAUUCCCUGAAAAAUCCCUGGCGGCUGCGGAUAUUGGCUCACAAGCGAUUCUGAGAUGCAAAGUAUCUGCAAGACCAGAACCAGAAUUUCAUUGGAUGUUUAAGGACUCCGAAAUUUUUGAAAACGAUAGGCUAUCUUUUCAUACUGUUAGCACAUUCCAAAAACCAGAUGAUUACGAACAAAUGCUCCAAAUUGAAAGUGUACAAGAGUCCGACUAUGGAGAGUAUGUGUGCCAAGCAACCAAUGGAAAUGGGGGAGACGAUGUUGUCAUUGAACUUCGUAGGACUAGUCCUCCUGCACUUCCAUUAGAUCUUCAGAAGCUUUCCGCAACAUCAAACUCUGUUUUGAUCGGCUGGGUACCACAAUUUGACGGAGGUUUCAAUCAGUCGUAUGUUUUGGAAAGCAGAAAAAUUGACCCCUACUCUGGAGAAAUCGAUGACAAUGCACCGGUCUCUCGGUUAGAUAUUCAUGCGGUGCAGCAAGAGUAUGAGAUUGACGGCGCGCUUGUUUCGAAGACAGUCUUCAACUUCACAGGACUUACCCCAUUAUCCACUUACAAUUUGCGUGUUCAAGCUGUUAGCGAGAAGGGACAGUCGGAAUUCACACCAGUUCUAAUUGCUUCCACUGAAGACGUAGUUGAGGAUCCAAACAUGAUGUCUCCCAUCGUCUUAUUCUGGAUUCUGGGGAACAGAAAAUUGACGUCGAGGUUGCCAAAACUCCCAUCCGAUGCUUGCACAUUGCUAUACGUGUUUGUUGAUGGAAUCUGGAGAACCAGCAUUUGCCAUACCUCGAGCAACCCCAUUCUAAAUAUCGUGUCUGGAAGAGAAUAUAAGGCGAGAUUUUGCACAACCGCCAAUGGUCUCAAGUGUUCACCUGUUUCAAAAACUAUUUGUAAGCACAUAACCUCAAACAACUCAAGAAACCUUUUAUUUAAGCAAGUGGCUCCGGAUCAGCUUGGAAAACUAACGUUUUCAUUCCAUUCGUGUUUUUCGUUUUCAUCAGUCUUGCUGUCAUUGUGUUUUUCCUCGUGUGCUGCAAAACAAGAUCAAGUCCCAAAACUUCAAAGCUAUCGUAACUUUUCAGUUCAUCUAGCAUUUGAGAAAAAACCAGUUUACAGACCCAUCGUUCUUACUUCGUUGCCUGGUGAUGAGUUGAAAAAACCAGCCAACUAUGAGGAAACAAAAAAUUCCACUUACAUGAUAACGGAAAACGGAACGAAUUCUUUGAACCAUCAUCUCAGUCUUGAAAAUUCACAAAAACCGGGCAAACCGGGAUCAAAUAUGGAGUAUGAUGUGUCUAAUGAUUGUUAUCUUCAAGAAAAUACAGACGUACUCAAAAACUCUUCUAUAUCCUGUUUUGGAACCAGUGAAACGUUAGACAACAGUGACAGCAACGAAGAUCGACGAAUCGUCCGAGAAAUAAUUGUUUGA